UGAUAGAUUGUUGGAAAGAUGAACCAGAUGAUCGUCCAAAUAUUCGACAAGUUAUUUCUAUUCUUGAUCAAUUAAUUAAAAAUGGCUUUAGCAACAAUUAUAAUUUUCAGAAAGAAUCACAAUCAACAGAUUUAUUUGAUAUUCAAGAAGAUAAUGAUAACUCAUUUUAUAAUAAUAUUUAUUCGAUGAAAUCGAAAUCUUCUAAGAACCAUUCGUAUAAAACCCUACAUAAUGUAAAUAAGAUUAAUUCAAAAGACCUAACACGUCCCGCACAAGGAAAAUCUAGUGACAAACGUGGCAAGAGUACCAGGUUUAUAAUUAGGAAAGUUUAUAAAGGACAAGAAGUAGCUUGUAAACCUAUUUUGAAUGAUUCGAGAACACAGAAAAUUUUAGAAAUUUUAAUGAAAUUAUCUGAAUGUAAACAUAUUCUUAGAUUUUAUGGUAUUUCGUCAGUUGAAAAUUAUAGUGUUAUGGUUUUUGAAUGGGCUGAACGUGGAUCUUUGAGACAACUUUAUGAACAAAAAGAUAUACAAUUUCAUUAUAAAGUUCGGAUCGCUCUUGAAAUCUGUCGUGGUCUUAUAUUUUUACAAUGUGCUGAUAUUUUACAUCGUAAUCUGAAAUGCGAAAAUAUUUUAAUGACAGAAAGUUUAGAACCUAAAAUUUAUAAUUUUGAGUUGGCAUGUUAUACUAAUGAUGUGAAUAAUAUCUCAUUAUCGAUAGAUUCAGAAUCAGCAGGAGAUAUAUUGCCUUGGUUAGCUCCUGAAACAUUGUCCAAUUCUCAAUACACAAUUCAGUGCGAAAUUUUUAGUUUUGGUAUGUUACUUUGGGAACUUACUUUUGAAAAAAUUCCGUAUAAAGGUUGGAAAGCAGAGAAAAUCAAGGAUCAUAUUAUGAAAGGUGAAAGAGAGAGAAUUAUAUUUGGAGCUUUAACUCCUAAAAUUUAUCAAGAAGGGUAUAAAAAAAUUAUAAAUGACAGCUGGAAGCAAAAUCCACAAGAACGUAUUUCUCUUAUGAAAUUAUUGGAUAUGUUAGAAGGGUUAUACAAUUCCAUUCGCCGUAUGUUUAACGAUCGUGCACUUGGUUUGCUGCCUGAUAAAACCUUGGAUUUAAAUGAUGAUCUGGAAUUACCUGAUGAAGAUAUUAGUCCCGUUACGCAAGAUUCUAAAAAAAAAGAUCACAAAAAAAUAUGGAGUCGUUUUAAUGUCAAAAAUAAUAAUAAAAUAUUAAAGUAUUGGAAAAGAAAAGAAAAGGAAAUAUAAUCUGUUAAGCUUUUACUUUAGUAAAUAUUUUUUUUUUUAUAUUGACAGGUAUCUCAAAAAGGCUACCGUUAUAUAGUUAAGAUUGUUAGUCUGAGGCAGGGUCAUGUUACAUAAGAAGAGCCGCAUUAUAUGGUAUUAUUGAGGGACAUAAUUUCAUAAAUAUUUAUUCUUCUUUGAUUUUCAUAAAACUCGGUUCGCGAAUUGUAAUUAUAAAAUUUAAAAUGAAUGUGAAAUCAAACAU